CUGGGCACAGGCUUGGUAGAUAUGUACAGUAAGCAGGGGCGGACUGACCAUUUGGAAACUCAGGCACUGCCCGAGGGCCCGAGGUCAGUAGUGGGCCCUAUGAGAUGCCCCUGGUACCUUUUUCAUAGGCUUUUUUGAGUUUGGGCAAAGACACAGGGGCCCCAUGAUCCCCUAUUGCCCGGGGGCCCCAUGAGUUGUCAGUCCGCCCCUGACAUCCGCCCCUGCUCCAGAGAACAUGUCUCCACUGCUCAAGAUUUUGAGACUAAAAGGUGUCUGUUUC